UUCCAUGGCCUUAUACUAGCAUUUCAAAUCAUCAUCUUGUUCCCCUUCCCCUCCAUUUUUUCCUUCUUCUCUUCACCCUUUCUGGUUCUCUCCCUCCACUUUGCAUCCUCUCAAUCAAACCCCAUCUACCCUUUACAAAGUUCUUCCAAAAAACUGUUGCUUUUACUCCAUACAAGAAGCAUAAAAAUUGCUUCUUGAAAUUCUCAUCUGAUACUCUGUUUCUGCUGUCAUGGCUGUGGCACAGUUCAACCCCACUUGCUCAAAAACCCAUCUUUCCUCUUCCCAAUCCUCAUUUCUAUCUAGGAGCAUCCAUGGUCACCGCCACUGUGCUUUUGCACUGCCUCAGAGAACCCAACAUGCUAGUAUUUCUUGCUCUGUUGCUCCAAAUGAAGUGCAGGUGCCUGCUGUGCAAACCCUGGAUUCUAAGGGCAAGCCUGAAUGCUAUGGAGUCUUCUGUCUUACCUAUGAUUUGAAGGCUGAAGAAGAGACAGUAUCCUGGAAGAAAUUAAUUAACAUUGCAGUCUCAGGUGCUGCUGGAAUGAUUUCCAACCACCUACUUUUCAAGCUUGCAUCUGGUGAAGUUUUUGGUCCAAAUCAACCUAUUGCUCUGAAACUAUUAGGAUCAGAAAGGUCAUUCCAAGCUCUUGAAGGUGUUGCAAUGGAAUUGGAGGACUCCUUGUUUCCUUUGUUACGGGAGGUGAGCAUUGGUAUUGAUUCUUAUGAGGUGUUCCAAGAUGCAGAUUGGGCUUUGCUAAUAGGCGCAAAGCCUCGAGGACCUGGCAUGGAGCGUGCAGACUUGUUAGACAUAAAUGGGAAGAUUUUUGCUGAGCAGGGAAAAGCUCUAAAUGCUGUGGCAUCGCGCAAUGUCAAAGUUAUAGUUGUGGGAAACCCUUGCAAUACAAACGCAUUAAUAUGCUUGAAGAAUGCUCCAAAUAUUCCUGCAAAAAAUUUCCAUGCCUUAACUCGCUUAGAUGAGAAUAGAGCAAAAUGUCAGCUAGCUCUCAAGGCAGGCGUCUUCUAUGACAAAGUGUCAAAUAUGACAAUUUGGGGCAACCACUCAACUACUCAGGUUCCCGACUUCUUAAAUGCCAGAAUUGAUGGUGUUCCCGUCACAGAUGUGGUUAAGGAUCUCAAGUGGUUAAAGGAAGAGUUCACUGAAAAAGUUCAAAAGAGAGGUGGAGUGCUUAUUCAAAAAUGGGGAAGAUCAUCAGCUGCUUCAACUGCUGUGUCGAUAGUUGAUGCGAUGCGAUCUUUAGUCACUCCUACUCCUGAGGGUGACUGGUUUUCUUCUGGUGUAUACAGCAGUGGAAAUCCUUAUGGAAUAGCUGAAGAUAUUGUUUUCAGUAUGCCAUGCCGAUCAAAGGGGGAUGGUGAUUAUGAACUUGUCAAAGAUGUUCUAAUUGAUGACUACCUCCGACAGCGAAUAGCCAAGUCUGAAGCUGAGUUGUUAGCUGAGAAGAGAUGUACGGCUCACCUAACAGGCGAGGGAAUUGCUGUUUGUGAUCUACCUAGUGGUGAUACCAUGCUCCCAGGAGAAAUGUAACAAGCCAAAUCUCCCGAAUGCCAAAGCAAAGCAGAUACUGAGAUAAGAUCACACUAAUUGAGGUAGAAUAAUGGUUGUUGUGGAAUAAGGCUACAAAAGUUUUACUUAGCAAUAACACAAGUAUGAAAACAUUCAUCUGAUUUUGAAACCAUCAAUAAUGUGAGUAAAAGUAAUUUCUUGUUAAGAUGGGUCGGCCUACAUUAUCUUGUAUGGUAUUACUACAAAUUGAACUGCCAAUUAAGGGUCUUGAGCAUACUUAUCGUGUACUAAAUUCCUUGUAUAUAAAUGUAUGUCCAUCUCAUGCAUUCAUUAAUAGCUAA